GCCUUUUUUCUUCGUGCACUCUCUCGAUGUAGAUCACUGAAACAACUUAUAUAUGUUUGGACUUUACAGUGAAAAGAAUCUGCUGCAGUGUAACCAAGUUUCGCAGAAAACUGGAGAUGAAUCAAAGUAAGUACCCAGGACACCUCCUUACAUGACGUUUGAAACAAACGUAACUAUAACAUAGUCUUUAGCAAACUUCACGAAACUUUUUAUUAGAUGCAAAGAGCUUGGUCAAUAUGAUCAAACCGAAGCUACCUUUCCGAUUCUUCUUAAUUUGUAGAGAUGCAGGAGUGGACUGAUUAUAAGUAAACUGACCUUUUAGGACAAUUUCGAUGAGAAUUCUAUGGCUUCUAAUUCACUGACCUUUAUAAAAUCUAAGCGGCAUGUUUCCCCGUAAGUAACACAUACAUCAUACUUGUCUUCAAGAUGUUGGCGUGAAUGACUUUGCAUAAAAAUUUGAAGCGUGCGGAUCCGAGUAUCGACAUUAUGUACACCGCCAUGGAGGUUAAGCGGAAAAAAAACUGACAGCUGCAUAAACGUCAGUUAUUUCAAGAGCAAAAACCGAAAAUCCAAUCUAAAAAAAUGGCUUAAACUAGGAAAAUUAUAUAAACGUACAUCUCAAUGCCUCUUUUAAUUUCCAAAAGUUCCAAGAUCAGUUUUCUUACCUAACAUUCUUAUCUCCAUCAAAUGGACAAGUUUAAUACUAAUAAUGUGUUCAUGAUAGAGAAUUACUCUGUAGGCUCGACUGAAGACACUUUGGAUACUUAACAAUACGAUAACUUGGCUUAAAUCGUUGACAACCAACCGCACGAAUAUAUGGGGGAACAAGAGCACUCCGACCCGUACCUUAUUUUCAAAAUAUAAGAGAUAAGAUGAGUCACGUUGUACGCAUUUUAAGAUGUCAAUGACAUUAUUACUGCUAACAGGUAAUUUCAAAGACGAACACAGGUUAUGCCACCUUCAUAAAGUUAGUGCACAAUAUGGCGUCCGGUCACGCGUUGCUGUGCUCUGUGGUUUUCCUUGUCGUUCAGUCGACGCUGUUUAACUUUCGCGCCUAGAAGUUAUCCUGUGCUCAUAACCAUAAGGUGAAUUCUUCGGCGAACCAUUUGGACAGGUCCGUUUGGUUUGAGUCAAGUUAUGUCUCUGUAAAUCUUAUUAGAUCGAUGGCCGUUACGAGAGACUUCAAGGCAAGAGAAAUCUCGUUCCGGCUAGAAGGUUUCCCUCGUGAACGAAAGCGGGACCUCAAAACAACCUUCAAACUUGGCAACCCUGGACAGUUAAUCAAACUGGUGAACUUUUUUGUCGCUGCCGGAAUUUUAAUGCAAGCAGGUGAUAUAUCACUCAACCCUGGUCCGGUAAACCACGCUAAGCGACCUUUGUGUUCACUUUGUCUCAAGACGAUCCGAAGGAACCAAGGUGAAGCUUCAUGUCAAGCAUGCAAUGGUCUUUUUCACCUGAAGUGUAUCAGAAUUUCGUUCGAGGACAGCAAGUGUUGUAAAAGCUGUAGCGAAGGAGAGGUGGUAGUCACUGAGCAAGUUAGCGAGAGCGAGAACACAGCAUACCCUAAACUUAAAAGUCUUUCGGAGUUGCUACUUUCGAAGGGCUUGAAAGUAUGUCAUCAAAACAUCCGAUCCCUGCUACCAAAGAUUGACCAAGUUCGAGCUUUACUAGAGUCACAUAAAGGAAUCAGCAUUCUUGGAGUUACUGAAAGUCAUCUUUCCAAUAAUGUUAGUGAUACUGAAAUAACGAUUGAUGGCUAUAAACUUUACCGAAAGGAUCGACAGAGUAAUCACAGAGGUGGUGGGGUUCUUGUUUAUUUAGCGGAUUCUUUAUCGGCUUUUAGAAGAGAAGAUUUAGAAAAACCCGAGCUAGAUGCUAUCUGGAUAUAACUUAUUCAGCCUCAUUCAUCAAAAAGGAUUCUGUUGGGAACACUUUAUCGUCCCCCCAGAUGGAUCUGAUUUCUUGGAUGCGGAGUUUACGUCGUCGUUUGAGCAUGUUUUAGAAGUUGCCAAUGCCGAAAAAAAAGAAGUGAUUAUAAUGGGCGAUUUAAAUUGUAAUUUUUCACCUGGUGCGAGGUGUCAGGGAGAAGCAAAGAAGCUCAAGAGCAUUCUUCAAAGCAUGAACAUGACACAGGUUGUUAAUGAGCCUAGAAGAGUCACAAGGGAAUCCCAAACUCUUAUUGACAUUAUCUGUACUUCUCAACCACAGAAUAUUACCUUAGUCAAGGUGGUCAAGUCAGCACUCAGUGAUCAUGACAUGACGUUAAACCACGAACGAUAAAAUGCAGAAACUACGGCAAGUAUUGUCCUACACGUUUUAAUGAAGAUCUGUCAUCUGUCUCCUGGGACAACCUCAGUGAGUGUCAGGACGUCGAUAAUGCGUGGUUGAACUUCAAAACAUGUUUCUUGCACGUGGCUGAUAACCAUGCACCUCAAAUUGAAAAGAAAGUUCGCGGCAGAAACAUCCCUUGGUUGUCAAACGAGAUAAAGAAAGUAAUGACCGAGAGAGAUCAUUUUUACCGCCAAGCUCGCAGGACAAACACCGAAUUACACUGGUCUAGAUACAAGAGUUUGAGAAAUCAGGUUACUGCCAUGAUUAGAAAAGCGAAAUCCAGCUACAACGGCAGAAUCAUAGAAGAAAAUUCUGAUGAUCCAAAGAAUUUCUGGAAAGCUGUUAAGAAAGUCCUUCCCAACAAAUCGGUUACACCUCAACCGUCAGCUUCUAUUGAGCCCAUCACUGUAGAUGGAAAAACAACCACGGAUGCCCUUACUAUUGCAAACGGUUUCUGCACAUAUUUUACAAAUGUUGUGGAAAGUUGCUUUCUAGUAUUCUACCUCUUAACUGGAACCAGUUGAGCACAGAAGCAUGUUUGAAUAAUUCAAGUCAAUCUUUGUUCUCUUUGAAACCAGUAUCAGCUGCGUUUGUUCAUCGUCAACUUAGGCUGCUUUUACAUCGAAAGGUACAGGACUUGACGGAAUUCCAGCCCGUUUACUAAGGGAUGCGGCUCCAAGCACCUCAGCUACGCUAACAGUCAUAAUAAAUCUUUCGAUUUCUUCUGCAGUUUUACCGGAGGAAUGGAAAUAUGCAAGGGUGGUUCCACUUUAUAAAGAUGGGGAUAAGAAGUAUAUGGAUAACUACCGUCCCAUCUCCGUUUUACCGGUGGCUUCGAAGAUCCUUCAAAGAGCCGUGCAAAUACAACUCCUCUAACAUUUAGAUAAGUCCAGUCAGCUAUCUCCCUUCCAGUGUGGUUUUCGAAAAAAUCAUUCUACCCAGGACGCGGUUACAUACUUCACGGAUUGUAUUAGGAAAGGCAUUGACGAAGGUAGUGUUACAGCAGCGGUGUUAGUCGACUUUCGAAAAGCCUUCGACAGUGUAAAUCACCAACUUCUCCUAAAGAAACUGCCUGAGUAUGGUAUCAACAACCAUGAACUGAGGUGGUUUAAGAACUAUCUUACGAGUCGAUGUCAAUCUGUUGUCUAUGGCAGCGCACAGUCUGCACCUCAGCAGAUAAAAUCUGGCGUCCCACAAGGGUCCAUACUCCGUCCGAUUUUGUUUUCGAUUUACAUCAAUGACUUGCCCAACUGUUUACUUCAGUCAAAGAUCCUACUUUAUGCGGACGAUGCUGUCCUUUUCUACGCUGACUCCAAUAUCGGAAACAUAAGUACCGUUUUGAAUAAAGAUCUAAAACAGUUGCAGUCCUGGACCCAUCUUAAUAAGCUGUGCAUUCAUCCUGUGAAGACCGAAUACGUUCUUUUCGGCACUCAACAACGAAUCGCUUCGGCCACCCUUUCAGAUGGGCCAUUUAGCUUAUUCCUCAGGGAUAAGCCGAUAAAUCAAGCACAACAUUACAAAUACCUUGGUGUGCUAAUAGAUGCAGAUCUCAAUUUCAAACAGCACGUGCAUGGAUAAGAUUAAGAUUAAGAUUUCCAAGAGAAUCGGUGUCCUCGGAAGAAUUAGAAACAAUCUAACUGUCGAUGCAGCCAAUAAAGAGAUAAACCUGGCUAAAUAACAUUUAUUAUUAUUAUUAUUAUUAUUAUUCAUUCAUUCAAAAGAUAAGGGCUACUUGGUUUUUGCAGUCCAUCCUGUAGUCAUCAGAAUACCUAGAUGGCAAUGACCUAGCGAAGUAGUCAAACUUUUAAGCAGUCUAUUUGAGGGUGUCAAUGGGUUAGAGGCAUUAACGGUUAAUUAACGGUUUAUCUUUUAGGUUUUACGGGGCUCUUGGCAAUUCGAAUUCUCCUCGUUCGGGUUAACAGACAUCUGAAGAACAUCUACAGUUUUGUAAAAGAUUAAAAGUUUCCAUCAGAAUAAGGUUUUUAAGGACCUUUCCGAGACAGAGAAAUGGCUAAAAUAGGGUUCAUGAGCAGGACCACAUAAGACACUUUUUUACUUAAAGUCGUAAAAAGCAAGAGGGGCACUCUCACAAUGAUAGAUCGUGAUUAAAAAAUACUUGGCCCAGUUGUUCGAAGACCCGUUAGCGCUUAACUCGGGUUUAUUUUUCUUGUCUUCAAAAGCAUUCUCUCGGGUAAUUUUCUCUGUAACUUUUAGAGCUUCUAAUCAUCAACUUGUAGACAAAAAGAAUUAAAACUGAAAUGCUUUUUCAGCUUUCAUAUAUCUGAAUUCAAAUUUCGCACUAACCCUGAAAUAUCUUAACCCAGCUUUGAACAACUCGGCCCAGGCUAAUUUCUCUACGACAAACGGAUAGAAAUUUUUCAGUGUUUCUGCCUAACGAUUAACACGUUCGGCUGCUUUAUGGCUAACAGUUAACCCCAUUCGGACCCUCUUAUAUCACAACGUUUUUAGGGAACAAGUUAAUAUAAAAAAGAAAACACACUAAGUCUUCUAAUAAAAUAAAUUUUACAGGAUUAAUCAUUUAUAUUUCAGGUAUGUUGCAGAUGGCGUCAUUUGCACCUUACAGCUCCUUUUGAAGCAAUUUUCCAUGUUAUGCAUUUCUGAAAGACAAAGGCGGAGAUUUUGUUAAAGGUAUGUUGAAGGACUUUCAGGAAAAAAACUACACACACAUGAUAUUUUCUUUCUUUCUUUUUUUAUCCAGCCAGAUAGGCUAUAUAUUUUAAAUUUACAUUGUGCACUCUCGUUACAUUAUUUUAUUUACAGUUAGAGCAGUUGAUAUUAUUUUCACACUUAAUCUUGGAAACCGAGAAACAAGAAAACUGGCGAUUCUUUUUUCACCAGACGACCGAAUCGAAUGAAAGCUGAAAAUAAAUUCAUCUCGUUAAAAUAAACAGAUAAAUAAAUAAAUAAAUAGAGAGAUAAAUAAAUAAAUAAAUAAAUAAAUAAACAAAAAGUAUCCGCAGACGUUAAUUAGAGCAGCAUAGAAAGCUUGGCCUCUUUCGAAAGAGCACAAAACCCCUUUUCAAAUGCCAAAAAAUAAAAUAUAUAUCUUUCACUCGAUGGUAACCCAUAUUAUUUUGCGAUUCCAUCAAAUUAAUGCUAAUUAGGUAAUCUGAUUUGGAUACUUUAACGCUACGCUUGCUCUAAUAUUAAACAUGUUUUAUCACGAAGCAAUGCUAUGAAAAGUGUGAUUUUAGCUUUUUUCUCUUAAAUUUCAAUCUCUGGACACAGGAGCAUGAAUUUGAAGAUAAAUUAGGCAACAACAAGCAGGGUUUUAGGGUAAAGGGCCAAGCUGAGCGACUAUUCAAAGCAUUCAGGAAAAACAGGUGGCUGAAAGCACUCUCGUUUACUUCGAUUUUCUUAAUUCUUCAGUAGCUGAUGACGCAAAUGGCAGCCAAAAGUAUUGUUAAACAUAUCUACUGUCGAAAUUCGUCGCCAAAAGCAUUUCCUUUGUCCCGGCAAGUGCCUAAUAUUGUUCUUGCAUUGCCGGACAUUUUUCACCAUUUUCAAAUUUAAUGCCGUGACAAUGUGCAUGUAAUCCAAAACUAGUCACGUUAUUGGCUGACUGUAAACAUCCUAUGUGCCAAAUAAGUAACGCAAAUAAGUAAAGCAAUUAUAUAUAUAUAUUGGAAGUAGGAAAAAAAAACCUACACUUUCAUCCCGACGAGCCUGUUUCGUGAUCGCUCACUCUUCAGGGGAUUUUAAUGAUAAGAAUAUUCAUAACCAUCGACUAUAUACUUUGAGAUUACAUUGUUGCGGAAAAUUUAAAUUUAAAUGUUUAAUUGUUACGUAGCAACGCUUUGUUUCUGUGGCGGCAAGAAGAUACAAGUUCGUUACGUUUGUUAUAUAUAUAUAUAUAUUGAAUCUUGUGGUUGAAAGCUUCAUUUAUUUAGAAUUUUCAAGGCCUUCUUUUCUGCAUAUUGAAAAGUAGUAGCAUAUCCACAGUGGAAUACACCUUUUGCUGUUCAUUACGAGAAAAUGCUCAAUCAUUUGCGUGAAAAGGCGACCAGUUGUGGAAGAUAUAUUCAUUGGCGCGAAAAUACGAACAUUUGCGCAUAAAUCAGAUUCAAUUACGAUUUUUGAAUUUUAACCAACAUUCAACAACACUUUUGGGCGUUCAUAUGCGUCAUUCGGCAUACAAAAGACACCAUCUUGAAAGUCAAUAGGGACAAUUUACAUUAAAGUGCAAACACUAUUCAUUAUCAUUUUUAUGACACUGUUUGCAAUUCAAUAGUAUAGGCGAAUCUUUGUUUACACUUUUUGCCUCAUUAACAAAUGCUUACCACUAUCUGAUGACGCUAAUAAAAUAAAAACUCUGAAUAUUGAAAGGGUAUAACAGUCUCAGUUAUCUCUGAAAAUUUGAGCCCAAUACACCGAAUAGUUUCGGAGAAAUUCUCUUCUAAAAACUCGAAAUUUUACAGAGAAUGUAUGGCUCAUUAACUUUUUUGCCACACAGCAAUUUCGCAGUUUUUGAUGGCUGAUAUUUCCGUCAAUACUGCUUGCAAAGAGCUGAAAAUUGCACAAAUUUCUCAACUUAAUAAGAUCUUUCAACUUUUGCAUUUAGUUCAUAUAUACGGCCACGGCCUCUAUGAGUUAAGUCGUAUGCUAAUGAGGAAAAAUGUAAACAAUGACGUCAGCAAAGAUUCGCCUAUUCCUGGACAACCUUAGGAUGGAUAUGACAAACAUUAAUGCGCUUGUACAAUCAAUUCAGCGUUCUUUACUUUUAAUAUAUUACAAAAUCGAUUUUCAAUUAAACAAUAAAAAAUUCAAACAAAUUUGGCCUGAAUUUCAGUCCAUAAAUGUAUACCCUUCAAAAACCUCUCUAUUUAAACAUUUUGGGAGGUAGCUUUGCAUAAAAUGGUACCCUUAGCACAUUUAGUUGCGGCCACAAUGUCAUAUCUGCGCAGAGGUUCGAGCACAGCAGUACAUGUAGUUGUGUCUGAACUCCGCUAGUGGGAUUUCUAGGGCUUUGCCCUCACUCCUGCUAUACAUGUACAUCUUUGAAUUUCCGGACGCGAGAUGUCGGCCUUAGGUAUCGCUUUCAGUCAACUUAAAACCUUUUCAAGGAUUUCAAGUGGGGAAGCUUAAGCCGUGUACGUAUGGCGCGGGAAUGGCCAAAUCUAGGUGGGCUGAAACCCCGUCAUACGCAAAGACCCCCGACUUAUCGGGAUCCAUUUUUUUCCUCGCCCGUGCCAAAAGGUCAGUUAAAAACUGACACAGCAUUCAUUACUCCAGCAGCUGCUGAACAAAACAUUUGAUACUAGGUGAUUUUGCCAUGGUCAUAGUCAAGUUUCGUCCUCGUUGGCCGCAAAGUUGGCGGUACGCCCUCCACUCCCUGUUGCGCCCCACCAUGACUUCUGGCCGUCUAGGGUAACUGUACAGCCGCAGUUGUCGACGAACUCACAGUGGCGAAGUACGGCGUGGUUCUUUAAACAAAUUCAGGCCAAUCUUUGGGGGAAAUUGGUAUUAUUUAAUUGAAGAUAGAUUUUUGUAUAUUAAACGUAAAGAACGUUCAAUUAAGAGCCUGUUUACAUGGAGGUGGGGGACCCCAGAUAGGUGAGGUAACAUGUGGCGGGUCACCACACCUAUCAUGUAAACGUGAUCAAAUUAAAAUGAGAGAUUAUGUGGACAGGCGGGUUACCCACCAAAGCGGGUUUCCUCACCUACCUGGGGUCCCCCACCUCCAUGUAAACAAGCCCUGAUUGUACAAGCGCAUUAAUGUUUGUCUUAUCCAUUUUAAAGCUGUCCAGAAAUGCUAUUGAAUUGCAAACAGUGUUAUAAAAAUGUUAAUGAAUGGCGUUUGCACUUAAAUGUUCGUCUAUUGUCCCAAAUGAUUUUCAAGAUAAUGUUAAUGACUCGAAUAUUGGCGUUAAUGAAAGCAUAUUUUUCUCCUUUAUAUGUUGAAUGACGCAAAUGAAUGCCCAAAAAUGUUAUUGAAUGUUGAUUAAAAUGCAAAAUCGUUAUUGAAUCUGAUUUAUGCUCAAAUGUUCGCUUUUUCGCCCAAAUGAAUGUAUCUUCGCGUUGUUGGUCUCCAUUUCACCCAAAUGAAUGCGUAUUUUCUCUUAAUGAACUGCAAAAGGUGUAAUACUUAAGCUUCAUUAUUUCAGUGCGGUAUGUUACUGUCAAACUCAGAAAACCAUGAACACCUGAACAAUUUCAGGAAUGUUGACUGUGUACUGGCCAAUCACAAUAAAGUUCAGGAUACGCAAGCGAACCUCAAAACCACAACUAUUAAAUUACCGUUGUUGUUUGCGGUUUAGUUACUCGCGCCUUAUUGGCUUAUCUCUCGCAACACAAUAACAUUUCAUGAAUAUUCCUGGUUUUCACCGUUUUGUGAGUUUCACAGUAAUUAUUAUUUUUAAAUUGUGCUAAAUAAGGAGGGCGAAAAGCGAUCAUAAGUUUAAGUGGUAUAAACUAAGAAGUUUCCUACCCUUGUAAGCAGAAGCAAAAAGAAUGCUGAACUGGUAUUAUAGCACUAUAUUUCCUACCCUCGAGAAGAUUUAACGCAGAUCUGAUAUUUUUAAUUAUGCCUUUUAUAAUGUAUUUCAGUUCAUUUCUACAACACCAACAAGGCCUCUUCCAAUUCUUCGUAAAAUGUUAACAACAACAAUAAUAAUAAAGUGGUGAAAACUUACAAGGUAACAAGAAAUUUAAGUUUCUAUUAUGUUAAUUAGUAACAGUAGGCCCAAAGGGUACACUACAUUUAAUUUAGCAAUCCAUGUCUACUAUUAUUAACCAUGAUCUGGUAAACGUUAAGGUCCCGGAACGGUACCCUGAGGUUCAAUUGAUAAACAAAAAUGGUGCUAUAACAUUAAGUAGUCAUCGGGUAGUUCUUACCUAGUAUUUUAAGAACAGUGGAUGUGCCGUUAUCACUUGCACGUUUUUCUUCCUGUCAAUGUUGUAAACUACUCUCAUCGUCUUGAGUAGUCUUGUAGUGAGACGUCCCUUUUCGUCGAAGUGAGGUAGCUCACCAACUUCUUCUUUGUACUUUUUUAAAACUACCUUUCUUCUAUCUUUUUGAGUAUAUAUUUUGUCUGGCCAACGGAUCGUCUCCCUGAUGAUAUUUAAAACUUUAGUCCUUGAUGAACCUCGCAAGAACAUCGUUUUGAUGAUGCGACUGUUUUCUUUAUUAAAUCGUGCACAUCUGAAAAAUAUAACAAAGUUUUAUCAUUUUCGUUAAUGCAGCUUGAGCUUGUCGUAAAAAAGGUGAUUACUUGCAUGCAGAAUAGCCAUAAAAUUUCAAUGAUUUGGGGUUAUUUUCUUAAAAAAAUUGAAAAUUGAAAUUCUCUAUUCCUAUAUUUAUGAUACUUUUCCGCCUUUUUCUUUUAUCGUUUUGGUAUAUGCAAGUCAAGGUGUCGUUAGUUUUUUUAGGUUGUUGCAUCUGCUGUAGUUUGAGUGGUUUAAAGUUACAUUAAAUUACGCAUACCGUCUGCAAGGGAGGGAGGGGGGCAGAGGAUAUUUUUUAAAUGAGCAUUUUUUUUAUCAUAUCCUCCCCACGACAUAAAAAAAAGAAAAAAAUUCGGACAUCCCUUCUUAUGACAAACAACCCUGCUCUUUAGGAAAGUAAAUUACCGGCAAUUCAACCACAGCUGAGGUGCAGAGAUCGUUUUUAGUCAGUGGCCUUAAACAAAAGGUGACAACAAAAGUCAUUAAAUUAUGUUCAAAGUAGACAGACUGCAAAUUAUAGUAUACGUUAGUAUACGUCCGCCUGUUAAAGAGAGUUGUAACACGAAACUCCUCUGGCUCAUUGUGUUUAAUACAGAGAGGACCAUGUGGCAGUUUGAGACUUUGAACAGUAAAGGAACAGGCCCAAAGGAAAAUAAAACAAACGAAAUAAAUUCUAAGAAAAAGCCAGAUGAAAAGCAAACCAUCAACACGUGCUCUAGGAUUUUGAAAGGCCUAAUCUGAGAACAAAAUAAGGUGUUGAAAGUUAUAUAGCCUGCCUCUUAAUAAGAGCUACAGUAAACAAAUUAACCUGACCUAUAACUUUGCAAAGGGGUGUGGCUGGGGGUUCGGUGAUGUGGUUUGGAAGAAUUGCAACUACUGGGAUGGAAAAUGAUGCAUAAUUAUUUUCUUUUCGUUGUUAACAUAAGGAUUUUGGUGCGUUUGCGAGAUAUCUCUUUUUAAUCACCCACCCAGCCCCUUUCUUAAAAUGUUAAAGGAAGGGUCCCAAAGAUAAGUAUAGGGAUUUGUAGAUUUCCUUUUAGUGGUUGAGAAUUAAUUGGUUUAUUGUAUUAAAGUUAGUUGCUUUUUCAUUGUAAGUAUAUAAACAGGGGUUUCGCUUUUAGCCCUUGCUAAAUCUGUAUAUUACUUAAUAUAGAGUCAUGUGUGAUAAUGAAUUGUAUAAUUAGUGAUCUUGAGGAAUUCUUAAAGCCUUGAUCUGCCUAGACUACCUUUGCUACUUGCUGGACAACCCUGAAUAUAUGUGUAUAUAAAUGCCUUGAAGUUUGAAACAGUGAUCAACAUAAACGUUUUCCUGUCAUGAAUCCGGCGUGAAGCUACCCUGCGAGCAGAGGCUACAUUUUCGCUGGCGUGAAUUCAAAGUGCGUUGUUGAAGACGUCUAGGAAAUAACUUUUAUCUUUGUUUACAGUUGUUCUCUAGUGUUCUCGCCAAAAUUUGAUUCAUGCAGACCAUAUUUCUUAAAUAAGAUAAAGGAAUGAUGACGUUGGGUUGCUCCUAAUGUUCAGAUGUUUGGUUGGCGAGAACUUGCAAGUGGUUAUAAUGUUACAAGGGAUCUUUCCAACGAGCAUUUCAAGGAAUAUCCCUUUUUUGUGAAUUAAUAUAUUUCUAUAAACGUAUUUGAAGUACGUUACAGUGAAUGAACUAGCGGCUUUGUUACACUAGAGAUUGUUUUAGUAUAUGUAUCUUAGCAAGCAUUUGGAAAAGAUUAAAACUUUGUUGAUCUCUUGAGCUUAGUGGAAGGCUAUUCCAUAUUCCGCUAAUAAGUACAUCUUGGAAAAUUUACCAUAAUUUGUUCAUUGAUAUCAUCCGAUAGAGUAUAUAGGAGACUGAUCAUGUAUGUAGUCAGGUCUAAACGUUCAUUCUGAGCAAAGUUUGCAGUGGAAAUAAGAAAACAUAAAAAAGAGCUAUUACGUAUGUGUAAUGAGUUGACAAAUACUCAUAAUUUCUUCUCCUUACUUUGAGAUAGGUAGUACCAUGCUCUCCAUGACUCCUGGCAUUUUUACUAUCUUUGAUGAUACUUGAUUUAUAUGAUUGAUUUUCCAUACUACAGUUUUCCCUUUUUUUGCUUUAAACACCGUGGUGUGAUAUGUUUUUUUAAAGAUCCAAAGUGCGACCGAGCAGUCAGUCCAGCUUCGGUCUCGCAAUGCGGGGUUCCUGGGUUAGAGUGCUGCUCUGGCCACUUGCUGGAUUUGUUCUCGGUUGUCCUGAGUUCAUAUUCUCGAUCACGAACAAACAGCCAGCUGGUUGCAAUGUCUCAUGUCAGUUGGGGUUUUUAAUCUUGUCAUGUUCUAGUUAGAUUAUUUCUUUCUAAGUAUUUGAGUGGAGUGCCUGUAAUCUAGCUGGAUAAGUGGACUUUCCAUCAUGUACAAGCCUUUAACCAUUUUUAAAGAUCAUUUGACAGAAAGCCACAUUGUAAUUUUCUUAAGUUUCUGAUUUAUAGUAGUAGUAUAUAGAAAUACAGGGUAUCGAUGGUUACUUUGAUUUCUGUAAAAUAUAUUUCUAUCGCUCGAAAAUAAUUAUGUUGAAAUUUAACAUUGUUGAAACUAAAGGUCUCUUCACUGAUCCCUGCGGUACUCCACCUUUAAAAGUUAAACUGUCAGAAAUAUCUGACUGGUACUUAACAGUUUGCUUUCUGUUUUUUUUAAAUAAUUUCUAUUCCAGUCUAAAGCUACCCCAAUUCUCUGAUACCAUAAGGCUCUAGUUUUUCUAACACAGUGUUGAUUAACUGCACUCGGUAACAAGAUCUAGAAAUAAACCAACAGUACAUUUGUUGUUAUCUAUCGAUUUUAAUAAUCUAGUUGCAAGAUCUAACGUUGAGACUAGAGUUGUUAAAUGAUUGGAGAGCCAAACUGGCUGUGGUAUUGUAUGUUGUUUAUCACGAGUCCCUUGUAGCUUUUUUGGAAUUUUUCUAAAGUAUUGGAGCACUGUAAUUGGUCAAUUGUUAGUAAAAAGUUACUUUUCGUUUAUUUUGAAAAUUCUGGUAACUAGAGUUAUUUUUAGUUGUUCUAGUAUCACACAAGUAAGAAAUAAUUGGUUGAAUGUAUGUGUUAGGAGUUAAGUUAUAAAAGUUGAUACAAUUCUUAGAAUUCUGAGCCAUCGUAGCCACAUGAUUUAUUAACAUUAAACUAUAUAAUUCAUCCUCAGCUUCUUCGUUUUCCUACGAAUAAUAGUCAAACUUGGGGAGUAAAAUGGAACAAAAUACAGCUUCCAGAAAUCGUAGGGAAUUCAUGAGAUAACCUUUGAAUUAAAUCGUUCAUGAAUCAGGUACAUUCACCUAGAAAUUUGUAGCCUUCGUUUACCAAAUUAAGAAACUUGCAGACAGCAAUACUGUAUUUCACAAAAGAAAGCAGCUGGGUGCCACAGUACGUAGCAGGAUGGCGAAAUCUCAUUUAUUUCGCCCAUGAUCUGGGACGACUUAAAAGUCAAAGAAGACGAUGAGAUUUAGGGUUCGAAUCACUCUAAUAGAGACUGACCUUCGGGCGAGAUGGUCCCAUUCCUUUAGUUUAAACCUUCUCGGUAUAUGCAUUUUCCUGGCCAAUUGGGAAAGUAAAUACUUUUCUUUUCUUAUCGCCAUCUUCAAAACUCCCGCUUAAUUCACUUGUCCCCAGACUUCCCCAGGAGCUUUCUUCUUCGACCUUCCGGACAAGGGACGAAGAGAGCCAUUGGAAACAAUUAACCAAUAACAACCAAAACAGCAAAGACAAAAACGACUCGAUUUCCCUCGAUAUUUUGGCUGUUCUUCUUCAGGGAAAGCAGGCUAAUAGGGAAACGGUACGCACGUCACUUUUAGUUGAUCUUUAAGUGUGGGCUCAUCAGCCGUUAAUAUGAACGGACUUUUUUAAUCCUAAUAUUUAAUCAAUCAAUUGUUGAAGAAAAAUAUGAGUCUUCUGUCUUUCAUCUAAAAGAACUGGAGUACAAAAUGUUUUCAUUUUGUUCUUCAAAAAAGCCCCCGCAAAAUAAUUUUGUACUCAGUCCCCACGCCAGCUUAGCAUGAAAGCCUGGCAUUUUCCAUUGUUAAGACCAACUCUGAUUGGGUAUUUUUAAGUAUUUGACCCUUAAUGAUAGCCAAUGAGAGGCAGGUUGUUCAAUGCAAUGGUUCAUUGCAUGUCUAUCGUAUCGUGUCGAGUAGAAAAACAUUCCAAAACAUCUUUAUAUAAUUACAUUUUUUCAUAUCAGUCCAAGAAAUCGAAAGAAAUAAGUUGUGAUAUUCGAUAUACAAUAGGAGAGCGGUCACGCAGGGUACGUUUCCCUUUUUCAUCCUCCGAUGGCGAGUUAGGUGAAUUUCUAGAAAGAAAUGAUCGCCCACUUGACGGGUAUUAAAAUCAGAAUUAACCUUUUUGCUUCAUUUGUGUUCCGUUGUAGACAAAGUCAUUCCCGGUGUUUUCGGAACGUCAUCGAAUGAAUAGAUGGAAAAAAUAUGCAGCCAUCAGAAUUUUUAUAUUCGUCGUGUUAGAGGUCUUAUAUCCCUGCUGCUUACAAGUUUCGUUCCAUCCCAAUUUCAUUUAAUGCUUGAGCGGUGCGUGAAAUUUGUCAACAUGCAGUUUUGUUAUGGAUAAACGCUUAAAGCGCCUCUUGUGCGCUUGUGUUUUUUGAAUUGAUUUCAAGAAAGCAUUCCCACUUACUACUGUUGACCAUGGCACGUAGAUUUAUAUUUUAGUAGAGUGAUUAUUAUGAACAUCCUAUCUCUCUGUGAUAUUGAUGCUAAGUUAUGACUAUUUUACCUCUAAAUUUUCUUUAUUACGAAUCCGUUUGUUGUGUAAUCAAAUGGUAAACGGAGGAACAUUUUAAAACUAUUCAGCGAUAUUCAUUUUUGAACGGUGAGUUCGUCAUCUAAUAACUUACACAUUUAGAGAUUUGGGUUUUAGUAAUUCAAGAGUGUUCCUUCAAGAGUAGAAGAGAGUAAGAGAGUAGUAAGAGAGCUCCCAAAAAAUAAUUUAAGCGGCGAUACUGCACUCUUUCGUUGUUGAUAUUCUAAAGAAGCAUGAUGGCUAACUAUUGACAUUUCCCAAAUAGAAUUAUUUCAGUGUUCAAUAAAACAUACAAAUAUACUUGUCUUGAUUCGAAUUUAUUAGUGAUGGAACUGGUGAUAACGAACCGUAGUAUAGUAAUUAUAUGAAAUGUAAAUUAUAAAAAACUUUGUGUAAGCAAUUAUGUUAAAUGAGUCUCCUUUUUGUGAAUGUAGUAAAGCUUUGGUAUGACAGACUUUUCUGCCUAGAUUAGCUAAUUCUACCUUGUUGUAUUUGCAAAUAUUAACCCAUUGCUGGUUUCCACUUAAGUCGCUUUCACACAAUCGAAAUAAAAAUAAGGACCAAUACAGCUAAUAAUCUAGGUAAAUAUAGAAGACGAAUAUGUAAACAAUCUCCUUUAAGAUUCAGAUCAGUGCGGUCUUUUUAUUUAAGAUAUUAACACAUGUUUCAGAUAAAUAUAAAAAGACUAGUCUGUUUAGUGUGGAGACAUCACACGUAACAGCAAUAAUAAAUUUACACAAGAUAUCUGCUCCAUUGACUUACAUAUGACCGACGUUAUUGCUACAGGGCAAAGUUGGCUGGAUAGUGCCCUUUGAGGUUUUAACAGUAACAGUAACUUUUGCAAUAAGCUAGUCAGCUUGUAGCUUUGAGAAUAUAUAACACAGAUAAGGAGCAAUCUGAGUUGCAGCUCCUUUAAGAAUAUAUUGGAUAAAUUGUAUAAGGACCACAAGCUUUUAAUUUUGGGGGUAUAAAUUCCGGGAGAUUUUAGUUAUACCAGUUUUUUCUUUGAUAUCAUAUAUUACCAGAAUUGCUUACCAAGGUUUCAAUUAUUGAUGGUACAGAGUCUUUUGAAAAUGAGCCUGUUUGGUUUUCACUUUUACGUACGUGUUUCCUGGUGGACUUAAAAGUUGCAUGGCCCCAUUUACCUUUUUUAUGCAGUAAGAUGCGGAUUAAAUAGUUUUGGGGGUCUGGUUUGUGUGUUGCUGACAGCUUAGUUUGUCUUAGUUUUUGGAUAGUGGUGUCAUGUCAUUACCCUUUAUCUCACUAGUCCCUCAGGAUGCUCGAAUCAGUUGGUGAUUGAAAGCAAAUUUUGUUUCAAAAAGAGUUGCAGCGUACCUUUUUGCAAGAUAAUCCCAGUAUUUCAGGUAAAAUUUUCUUGGUAUGUGCAUUUUAUCAGAAAGUCUUUUAAGAAGAUCAGAUGUAUUUGGGAUCAGCGCCAUUUUUUUUCGAAAUUUCCCGCUAUUGACCCCAACAACACUUGUCUCCAGGGCCUCUCUUCUUCCAUCAUUGUGACGUGCACCAGCCCUUACUUAGAAUUGUCCACAAUACGCUCAAAAUUUUACGUUAUUCUUUUUGCGCGACUUAUAUUAGUAUUACGCGCAAAAACGCAUCUUUAUUAUACUCCAUUAUCCCCACAUAAAGUGGAACUGUGCUUGCUGCACCGGCCGACGGGAUUGGUGUUGUAGAGACCCGUAGCUGCUUUCGCCGCCUUUCUCCCGCUACUUUUUGUCCAUUGAGUUUGGUGAAUCUCUUGAAUGAAAUUGGGUGAGUUGUUAGAGGUAAAAUUUAACUUUAUUCUUAGACUAUGUACUCAGUAUAUGAAUAUUUGUCGCUUUUAAAAUUAUUCUGUUUACGGUUCAUCGAUCUUGGUGCGUACAAAAUGUGUAUGCUAAUCAUGAGGGAAAACAUAACUAGCUGCGUAGAGAAUUUGUUUAAUGGGACGUUAUAAUAUCGUAUGAUUUUUAGUUUAAUAGAGAUAAUAAGUCCUCCAGACGAGAAACGCGAGUUCCAAACAUUUACAAUAAUUUCCAGACUGCAACAUAGACUAUAAGCUCUAUAAAUUUGUGUGGAAUUUAGAUCAUUAGCGAAUAAAUUAAAGUUCGGAAUGUCGUUGCUUAUUAACUUCGAGAAGGUUUUUUAAUUCACUCUCUUCUGCUUCAUUUCAAUUCAGUUUUGGAUUUUGCUUUUUUACAAUCCAUACUUUUUUAUGAAUUGAAUUAUUUGUUUAUUUAUUGCUUUCUUCACAUAGAAGAGAUUGUUUUAACGAUAAUUAUUCAAAGGUUGAUGAGGGAAUCGACAGAGAAGCAAACAUUACUUGAAACUGUAGAUCCCUGUAAACCUUAUUGAAUAGCUAUACCCAAUUAAAGUGGAGGAAAAACUAUUCAUCUCAAAUUAAAGUUAGGAGGGCAUCCACACAGCCAUAUUACUGAAAUAAAUAGCAAUCAUGUAUAAUUCUCAGAUAACUUUUUGGAAGAAACAAAUUAAAAAAAAAUAAUCGAACAUAAUCGUAUAAAACAUAUUUUAAGAUUUAUCUAUGAUCAUUUAAAUGGGAUUUGCAGGUCAAGUCUGGAUUAUUUCUGCGGCACAUUAUUUGUGCCGUACCAUAAUAUUUCUACAUCUAGAUCUUCUAUUUUCUGUUCCUUAAUUAUUUUGAGUUCUUGAAAAUACUGCUAUACUGCUCUCUUUAGUAGUAACCGUAAAAUUGUAGAUAACCUUGAAAAAUUAUUGUUGGCCCGUAUAAUGUCACUAAUGGAUGUACGGCUAAAAAAGUAUAUUUCUUUAUAAUGUUUCGGUCACAUUUAGGUUUAUUGACAUUUACACAAUUUGUUUGCUUUAAACAAUUCUAAUGAGUUUUUGCGUAUUGUAUUAUUAUAUUACACUUAAUUCAGAAGAUACUGUUUAAUUUUCAGCAGUGUUCAUUUCUCUGAGAAUUUUUUUAUUUUGCAGACUUUUUUUCCUUCCUAAACAUCCUUUUAACUCGAUUACAACGACAUCUUCUGAACUUACCUGUUCAAUCAGUUAAAGUCAGACAAAGUGUCAAUCAAUUAGUAACUGUCUCGUAAGGUAAAUAUUGUCAUAUAGUGAAGAAAAAACCUCAAGUUGUUUUUCUGCUUUUUUUUGUUCUAAAUAAUAUUAUCUUAAGUCUUUAAAGAGGUUUCAGCUACAACUUCUUGUUUCCCUUAAUGAAAACAAACAAACAAGAAAAAGGAAUAAAAAAGCACAAGGGAAAUGAGUUGCUUGGAACACUUGAGAGCCAUUUUCUGAGAAAAUCGAGAAUCGCAAGACACUCGUCAAAAAAUCGAAUUUUUUAUUAUUUUGCCAAAACAUCCCUUUUAGUGACCUGAUUUAAGGAAAAAUAGUUUUGGGUUCAAACGAUUCAUUUUAAAGGAGAAAUUAAAAAAAGUUUGAAAAAUCGAUUUUAUUCCUGUUUUUCGAACAAAACACGGCAGGAUGCAAUGGCAACUUCGAGAGAAGGGUGAACGCGUAAGAAACAUUCCCUGACACUGAAACUUCACCGAAUUAUUAUUUUGUUCUUACUCUUGAAAACCUUAAAAGAAAAUUUGAUAAACAAUGUCUUAUAUUUUUAUAAUCGACAAGUCUAAAGAGGUCAUAUUUGUGACGUUAGACAUCCUAGAAAACGAAGGCCAACUUUGACUAUUAAAAAAGGCCUCUGGUAUAUGCCGCUUGAUCAUAAAAUCAAUAUAAAAUGGAACCUUGGCUUUUGUACUAACUUACUGGAAAGUUUUAGCUCUGGAAAUCAAAUACCAUCCUGACACCAAAGCAAGCGGUGAGAGCAAUUGAAUUGGGAAAUUUAUGCAAAUUAGACGGCUUGCGGACGGUUGUCAAACUAAAAAGAAAGGUUUUACAUGAAAGGAUUACUCACCAUUGCUUGUAACACGUUUUUACGGCAAGAAAAGUUAUUUCCAACUUCUUUUGCGUCGGUUUGAGUCACAAAAUCCAUAAUUUUAAGCCAAAAGGUUCAAAAGACAAACGUACGUUUGCUCAGCGACUGCGCCAGAAUCCGGCCGUGAAUCGAAAUAAAGUCACAACACGUCACUGCGGUCCUUUGGAAGCAAGAGUUGCAAGAGUUUUUACUUCAGUCAGGAGGCCAAAAGAUUGAAAAUUCAUCGCAAACUAAUGACUUCGAUUUUGAAAACCUUUCAUCACUUCAAUCGUUCGUCGGCUGAUAAUAAAACCUUUGGCGUGUGACCGGAAAUCGGUCACACGCUUAAGUCACGUUAGCAUACUGUCACAAAUUUUAAUACGAUUUUUCACGUUUGCUUUCGACAAAAAAUAGACUCAUCGAAAUAAAAUCAGGCCUGCUUUAUUUGUUUGUUUGUUUUUUAAUUUCUUUUAUAGCCUGCAGAACUUGUUCCCCAUGCAUCGCGCGUGUCUCGCACCCCCAGUCCGCUUCGCAGUGCUAGCAUGAAAAGCGCAAAAAACUGAAAUUGACUCCUGUUCUGCAGUAGACACCUUCUAGGCAUUGACAGGCUGUGAAAAAAGUGUAUUUUUUUUAUUAUUAUUUUUUGAAGUGCUACAUCAUUUUCCUAUAAAUUUCAAACGUGACUGCUAAAAGACUGUUUGGAACCCAUGGAUGGAGAAAAGCUGUGCCGGAGAGAAGGUCAACCUCCCAGCCGAGCCAACUUUUGCGAGCGUUUGUAUGAGGAAAAAACUGACCACUUUGUCCGAGUCAACAGUGCUUGCGCAUGCUGUCUUUGUCUAGCCUUGACCAAAGUGAAGAAAUAUUAGCCGGGCUAGAAGGGUGAGGCCACCACUACCGGCUCAGUGGAGGGCUGACUUCCGGAAGCCCUCAACCCCGCCCACUACUGGUAGUAAGGCGUCUAUCCGAACCAACCUUUUGUUUCUCAUGUAAAUGGUUUACCAAGUUUUGUAAGGAAAUGGAGGAAAAGUUGGCUCACCCAGGGUAGCUUGGGAGGUGAGUAAACACCAGAUAACCCCAAUAAUAAGCACAAACUUUGAUUGUCAGUUAGAUGUCCACUAUUUUAAGUAAGCGACCUGGCAUGUGAUUGUCGCAUCCAUGCCCCCUUCCAGAUCCCCUUUAUUAUCGGUAAGCCUCUGGUAGGUCAAAGUAAUACAGUCGUACCUCCAGUAAGCGACCACCAAAAAUGAAAGACUUAAUGGUCUCUAACGGGAGGUGGCCGUUUAGAAGAAUCGGACCACAUGGGGUCUAUUCCGAGAAGAGGUCCGGGCACAUUCUAUUAAAUGGCGGUGUAACAAAUUCCUGGCAAAAUAUUAUCUUUUACCUCUUUUGAAAAAUACAGCUUUUAAAUCAUGCUCAAUUUAAAGAGGGAUUCAGGUGAGUGAGAUAUAGAAUAGUCUAGAAUCACAACAGAAUCUUCACUUUGUUGGCUACAUCUACUAAGUUAGGAUAUGUGUAGUUCCACGAUGUCACUAAAGGUCUUCAUAUUUUCCAAGGAACAUAGUGCACACAGCAAAAAUAGAGAGCAGAGAAUGCGUCAACUGGUCGCUUAUGGAAAACAAUUAACCCAAAAAGUGGUCGCAGUCACUUACAGAAGGUCGUUUACUGGAGGUUAAUCCAAAUAUAAGGCUUUGAAUGGGAAAAUUUGGUCUUUUGGAUUGGCGGUCGCACAUGGAGGUUCGACUGUGUUAGGUCUAUUAGAGUAUGAGCCACCAUCACCUCACUGUGAGUGACGAGAGCCAGGAACGUAUAGUAUACACUCCCUUGGGACGCACAGAAUCGUUGUUUUGAGGUCCCGUUUAGCGAAAUGGAUCAUUCAAGGGAGGUGCUGAAGUCCCAGUGAAAUUUAUAAGGUUUAUGGGUUUUUAGUGCAAGGCGAAACACAAUACUUAGGGCCCUGUUGUUCAAACGUUGAACAACAGGAAAUCACUAUCAAGCGAAUAAGAUGAAGCAAUUGCGUUACUUAUUGGAUAUAGAUUUAUCCAGGGGAAAGCGUUAGUUCCGGGGGCGUUAGUCAACUUUUCGAACAUACCGCCCCUAAGUCACUCUCCUCCGAAGACUUACCCUGGGCGACCUGGAUAGGGGAAUAUAAUACUCGACCUUCCUUGCAUCAUCGCGAGAGCCUAUAACCUUCACUUUCUUUUGGCUCGUCCUAUAAUCCUACCCAACGUUCGUGGGACAGGAAAGUCUGCGUGCGAGGCUUUGGAAUCUAGGGAGACUAUGGUAGCAUGGUGCAAAUAGCCGGGAUGAGCUACUUUGUCCACACGAACCAAGAGGACUGUGUCUGCUAGAAGAAAUGAGACGUAGCUUUCUGUGAUAAGUAAUAUUCCAACAUUAUAGGAUCAUAGUUUGAAGCCAUUUCACAAUCACUAGUUUCCGCGCACCUCUACCGGCGAGUUGUGGACAAAAGCAGCUGAUAGCUGUAUACGAACCUUUUUUCCACAAAAUGGUUUCUGGGUCUUCGUAUUCGACGGUGUCAUGUCUUGAUUUUUUUUUAAUCUUAAUCGAGGUCUUUUUUAUUAUGUACUCUCUAUCUGACUGACUGUUUCUUUGUGUUUUUUUUUUUUUUUUCUGGUAAUAACAGGUUUCAUAAUUUGGCCGCGGUUCGGGUUAUAGGCUCCUGAUCGUGAGCAAAUAGCGAAAACCAAAGUAAACUAUAGCGUUGAAUCCGUUGGCCACGGAGAAUUGGUAUUAUUCUGCAAGUUCUUUACUACAGCAAGAGAGUAUACUCCCUUGACUAUGGGACAUUGGGCCGGGGAACUUAGUAUUUUGACCCGGCAUAGGGGAGGGAGGAGGGGGGGGAGGAGGUACCCUGGCCAGAUUCAAGUCACGGGGAUGAUCGAAGUAUGUUUUUUUUCUUGUUUUGAAAAUAUUUUGAACAAAUUUUUUUUUUUUAGCUGUGGCUUUACUUAAGUAUUCAAAAUAUUCUUUCUUUUUGGUCUUGAUUUUCCUUCCACGGGUCCUCACGACACUUGGAAUCCGAGGUACCCUCCUGUUUGGUACUUCGAAGGCAAAAAGCUGUUUCAAAGCCUAGUAGGUAAAUAAAAGAAAAAUAAAUAUGCAUGGCUGUUUCUACUGCGAUGAGGGGAGUUCUUGUCAAAAAUGUGAAAACUGUAUUAAAAUUGCUGACAACAGCUACGAAAAUUUCGUGACAGCAUGCUGACGUGACUAAAGCGUGUGACCAAUUUCCGGUCACACGCCAAAGGUCAUACGAUCUUGUGCGAUGUUUAUUAUCAGCCGACGAACGAUUGAAGUGAUGAAAGGUUUUCAAAAUCGAAGUCAUUAGUUUGCGAUGAAUUUUUAUUCCUUUUGCCUCCUGACUGAAGUAAAAACUCUUGUAACUCUUGCUUCGACGUGUUGGGACUUUCGAUUCACGGCCGGAUUCGGACGCAGUUGCUAAGCAAACGUACGUUUGUCUUUUGGCUAAAAAUUAUUUAUUUUGUGACUCAAAACGACGCAAAAGAAGUUGGAAAUAACUUUCCUUGCCGUAAAAAAGUGUUACAAGCAAUGGUGAGUAAUCCCUUCAUGUAAAACCUUUCUUUUUAGUUUGACAACCGUCCGCAAGCCGUCUAAUUUGCAUAAAUUUCCCAAUUCAAUUGCUCUCACCGCUUGCUUUGGUGUCAGGAUGAUAUUUGAUUUCCAGAGCUAAAACUUUCCAGUAAGUUAGUACAAAAGCCAAGGUUCCAUUUUAUAUUGAUUUUAUGAUCAAGCGGCAUAUACCAGAGGCCUUUUUUAAUAGUCAAAGUUGGCCUUCAUUUUCUAGCACGUCUAACGUCACAAAUAUGACCUCUUUACACUUGUCGAUUAUAAAAAUGUAAAGCAUUGUUUAUCAAAUUUUCUUUUAAGGUUUUCAAGAGUAAGAACAAAAUAAUAAUUCGGUGAAGUUUCAAUGUCAGGGAAUGUUUCUUACGCGUUCACCCUUCUCUCGAAGUUGUCAUUGCAUCCUGCCGUGUUUUGUGCGAAAAACGAGCAUAAAAUCGAUUUUUCAAACUUUUUUUAAUUUCUCCUUUAAAAUGAAUCGUUUGAACCCAAAACUAUUUUUCCUUAAAUAAGGUCACUAAAAGGGAUGUUUUGGCAAAAUAAAAAAAAAUUCGAUUUUUUGACGAGUGUCGUGCGAUUCUCGAUUUUCUCAGAUAAUGGCUCUUGAAGCUUUGCCUACAAAAAAAAAAUUAGAGAGCUAAACAGGGAAAUAAGCAGAAAGUAUAAUUAAAUGAUUAUUUGGACAUGUACCAUGCUGUUGAAGCCAGUCGGUGCAAACACAGAUAUGUUUUUAUUUUAUUUAAUCUUAUCUUUUGCUCAUUUUUAAAUUUAAAGAAAACAUUAAAAUUUUACUUCGUUCUUUUCAGGGAAGUCAUUUUUCUUUUUUUCAAUUCCUAUCGCGAUGAAACGUAAAUGGAUUUAACGGCUCCAAAAAGCGUCGCGUUUUAGGGUCGGUUGAUGUGAAAGAAAAUUUAAUAUAUAUUUUUACUGAAAGAAAGAUAUCCAAAGCUUUUAUCAGUGUCAGAACAGGAGUUAACACUCAGAAAAUAGUCAACUGAAGCAAAUAAUCCAACAAACCAAUCAAAACUUAGCACAUGCGUCGUGAAGCGCGCGCUGAAACGACUGCGACCAAGGCAUUGCCUUGAAUUCUGAUUGGGUGAGAAAAUAAGGUGAGAUAGCAAGCCAAUCAGGUAGUCAAGCAACCGACAAAUGACGUUUGUCAAUUGACUCAUCAAACCCUCUUUUUCACCUUGAAUAUUAAAGCCUUGUCUUCAGUUGAAGCAAAAUAUCUACCACACCAUAUCUCCUAAUGUCUCUUUUGCUGUUUACCUUUUUGCUGCUAAUAGAGGGAAGUACAGGUACAUGACCUGAAUUAUCCACUUUUCAUCAGUUUUUAUUAGCUUAAGUACUUCAAAGGCACUUUAUUGCACUAGAUUUGAUAGCAGUUCACAGAUGCAACCGUUUGCCUGGUGAAAAAACAGCCGAAAAUAACAAUCUUUUUUCUCAGGAUGAAACCCAAUGUCCUUUCUUUUCCUUUUUCGUAGGCAGCUACAAGGUUGGGAAACUCAAUGUCAGCACAUCCAGCGGAAACCUGUUUGCUUGCAAACAGGUUCUAUAUUCAGAGCCUUUUGGCAGCGGACAAGAAGUUAAGGUUUUGACUUCAUUCGGUCACUCAGUUAAGAAUCCAAAAGGUGGCAAAGGCGCCGCUAUCUGGCUGGAAUCAGAAAACCAAAAUGGAUUUAAGGCUUGCGUGUUAGAAUUCAGCGAUGGUUCCAAUGGUACUGCAGAGCUUAACUGGUUGGCGAUACAAGCUGCUCCUGUAGGGGCUCAACUGGGAACCGCUUCCUUGGACCAAUGGACCACAGGAACAGAGUGUAAGACGAUUUCCUUUCAACAGGUAAGUUUGGUUUCCUCGUCACAGUAUCCAGUUCUCUAGAGUAACUACUACUUCCUGACUGAGCUUUGAAUGGUACUUGGUGUUUCAAUUACGAUGCAAUACAAACUUUAUUAACACUCCCUAUAAUUAAAACUUAAGGCUUUUUUUGUGACAAGAAUUUGCGGUUCAACCGAGUGAAAACGUUCCACAUGGGAUUGUGGUGGUAACAACCCCGGAUACACAUGGCAAAAAGAGCAGUGAAGCGUGGAAUGCGGACAGAAAGACAGGAAAAGAACUACCUUUUUUGUUUUUGUUUUUUUUUUUGGUGUUAUUUGUUUUUGGUUUUGCUUUGUUUCGCAGAGGAACACUAGGAAAAAUAAAUUUCGAAACUGAGAAUGUUCAAGGACUUGAAUUUUGAAUCGGCGAUACAUGACAGCCUAUAAAAAGACCUAAUAUGUAUCUUUUGGCAUCUUAAAUUUGUUGACCAAAAUAAUAAAUAUGCAACUAAAGCAUCUGUAUUUUAUAACCAUGUUUUCGAAGAGUACCACACACGUAUAAAGAGUCAGAAGGUCGUACGCGUGCGCUUGGAUUACUGGCUUAUGCUGACAUUGAAAAAUACUUGUGAAAACAUUUAUUCAGAUAACAUUACAUCGUGAGAGUGUUUUUAAUAGGCUACGAAAACAGCCAUUUCUCCUCUCUCCUCACCGCUAGGGUUGUUUCAAAACGUCCCAAGCGGCAAGGGGCGAGGUGAAACGGCUGUUUACACAGGCUACAGUGUUUUGCCCAUGUGCUUACAUAUAGUAUUUUUACCGAUUUUUUUUUCUAUUCUUUUUUCCCUUGAUUUUUCAGCGUUUUUCGGCUCCCCCAACGAUACUUGUGACUCCUAGUCAUCAGGAUGCAGUCAGACCUCAGGACGCCCUGGUAUACUGGGUCGAAGACUCAACUCAGGACAGUUUCAAAAUUUGUCUCAGGGAGGUCAAGCUGUUCGAUGGACUUCACAAAAACAUCAAAAUUGUCAGUAAUUAUUGCUCUUUUUAAAAUUAAUAUAUCAUAUAAUUACGAAAUGAUACUACUUGAAUCACCCAUUUCUUUUCCUAAACAUUUGACGAUCUGCGGUUUGCCUCCCACAGUGUUAUAGCCUGCCAGUAAACACUUCAUCUAUGCUAACGAAACGGGCUGUGGGAAAGACGCACCCCUUUGAUCGCGUGCUGCUCCCACGUGACUUCUCGCGAUUCCCCUAAAUGGAGAGCUUGCUCGUAGGCUACCCGUGUAGGAUUAUGUAACAGCUACUGAUAAUUGAAUAGAGUUGUUAAUUGAUUUUCUCCAUUCCUUGACUUGCAGAAUUGGUUGGCUUAUAACAAUCUGACGCUUGAGAACUUCACCUUAAUUGAUACUGUUGAGUUUGCAAACAAAAAAGCACCAUCGAAACAGAACAACAUUCCUUUCUGUCAGGUAUUGUCAAAUUAAUCUCAUAAAGAAUAAGCAUAACUGAAGUAGAGAGCUCACCUCUGGAUUGGUUGUCACUUCCACUAUGAAUACCCCGUAAAUGCGGAAAAUAGAUAAUUGGUACGUUUAAGACCUGAGGUCCGCGAGGGGGUGGAUUUUGCUCUUUGAUAUUUAUGUAAUGCAGUUCCUCUACACUGGUCACAUGACCAGAAAUGUCAGAAAUUGUGGUCAAUUUUCAGAGCAGCUACCGUCUUAACUUCCCCAAAAUUGGAACCUUUGUGAAGCAUGUUAAACGUACUAGCAUAGUAUAAGAUGAUAAUUUCCUCUCGUCAAGCCAGCAUAAACCCAUAGAAGGGCACCUUAUAAAAUCCUGGGUGGGGGUUAAUUUACUAAAACUUUUACAAGUGUAAUUUACAAGUGUAGGUAUUAGGUGUGGUUACAUGAGACACGUUGAACAUGGUAAAUAACACUUUACCACGGCAAAUUAGCGUGGUGCGUGUGAUCGAUUGAAAUGGUUUUUUGGGCUAGAUUUAAGAACGAUAUUUCCCAAAAAGAUAUGUUCAAUUCCUGGCAUGCAAUCAAACGAUGGGAUGCAGCUAAACUGUAAAAUUGAAUCUAAAGUCAAGAUUAAACAAAUGGUACUAUGUACCUUCUCUAAAUUAUCAGUAAUCACAUACUAGUUGAAAUUCAGCUAAACUCUACGUGAGUAGAAAUACGAAACAUGAAAUACUGUCAUCAUCGACGACGAUUAUUACCGCAAUAUGGCCAAUGAAGCCGUAAAGCGGCUAAAUUAACUUGGGAAUUAAUUCGUGUGGAAACACAUGUUACCACGGUAAACUAAACCCUCGUUAAAAUUAACCACGGCUACGAAACGUGGGAAAUGCCCUUCACCGUGGUGUGUGUAACCGCACCUAUUGUUUUAGAGUAUGAAAACAAUAGCCACACUUGUAAAUUAUACCAGUUAAAUUUUUAUUAAAUUGGCCCCUGCCUUUCGCUUUGCAGCACAUUAACUUCACAGACCCAUUUUACGCUACACCAGUGGUUAUUGUAAUGCCAAGGCUGGCUUACAACAAAUCGAUUUCGUCUGUUGGAUCUAAAUGUUCCGCUGCUAUCGCUUGGGUUGAGGUGAGGUUCCUGAUUGUAAUUUGUUUUGCACAACCUAUUCCAUCUUAACGCUGAUGUAAAUAAAUCGGAUUCUGGCCCCAGUUGUUCAAAAGAUGGAUAGCGAUACCGUCACCAUCCAGUGGAUAAGAAAUUAGGAAAACCAAUUGCGCUGUUCAGUGGAUAGAGAUUUAUCCGAUGGAUAGCGUUAUCCACCUUUUGAACAACUGGGGCCUGGUUUCCAUGCUCUGAAUUCCUCAUUCCAGGUAAGGGAUUCUGAAAUUCUUGUCAGAGGAACUUGGACUCCGUUAGUAGGAUACCGGAUUCCUUGACUUUAAUUACGGGCUCCAAAGACCAGGAUUCCGAAUUUCGCAAGCCAAAAUUUUCUUGUUCUCGAACUACACGUGCAAAAUUUUCCUGGAUUCAGUAAUCAGGAUUAUCCUACAUGGGGCAAAUUGGAUCCCCUUUAAGCCACUUCUGACUUCGCUUCCAUCCAAGUUCAUCUGUUUCAUCCAAAAUUCAGCCAUUUUUUUUUUAAAUAUCUACUUCUACGAAUUUUAUGUCAUACGAUUUGACCUUUUUUUUUCUCCCUAUAGUACGCUUCCACAACAGGCAUGGAGAUUUGUAUGAGAAACUACGAUUACAGCAAUAAGCAUUCUUUCAGUGUCGAUUACAUGGUUAUCGGAGGUGAGUAUAAAAUGACUCAUUAAGGUGAAUUAACCAGAAAGCAUGCGUGCAUUUCCAGUAUGCUUAGAGACGCACUACGAACAACGCAGCUAACUCGUUUUGGUCGGUCACUGAAUCGAAAUAGAGAUAAAAUUAAAAAAGGAAAAGAAAAAGUGCUGCUUUUGGCACUUGGACAACUGCAGCAGAAAAGUCGAAUUAUUCAGUAAAUGGACAGUCAUGUAACCUCAUGUAGCUUGACGAUGCCAACGACGUCGUAUCUCGUCACCAUUUACUGUAAGGAGCCUUAAAAAAUUCAGUGGAUAGCUUCAAAGAGCAAGCGAAUGUCGCACAAACGUUCAUUUUAGUCAUCGGCGAAGAUUUUUGUCAAGUAAAUGUAACUAUCCUUGGCAUGCUGUUCUUUGGCGUUUUCUUUACUGAAACUUAACAUAAAUUGCAUAUCCAGCCAAUCGUAAGGCACGCCUUUCCGUACCCGAACCCCCUACUCCUCCCCCCCCCGCCACACCCGUCACUCGGUUGACUUUCCUUAUAACUCCCUUCCAGCGUUGCCGCCCGCCAGUUCCUCUUCUUACUGAGCUUCGUUCUUUCUCUACAAUUUCUCACGCAAUUUUGCUGCUACCUCACCAAUUUACUUUGCCUAAUUGUUGCAUACUUUUUCUAUCCCUUGGUAACGUUAAGACUUACAUAAUUUUGUCUCAUUUUUUAAAACCCGUUUUAGACUUGGAUCCUUGUCUAGGUGUAACCUGUGAUUUUGGUUUAUGUAAGGCAUUUGGUCCCUACGAUGCCCGAUGUGUGUGCAUAGACAAAUGUCCGUCAUUUCAGAAACCUUUAUGCUCUUCAAACGGCACGACGUAUGACAACGAGUGCCUCUUUGAACAAGAGAUGUGCCUGCUACGACAGAACUUUACUGUACAACAUCCUGGUAGCUGCGAAGGUGUGAAACCAGUUUUUUUAAACUAUUUUUUAGGGAUGGGUACAAUCUUUCGGCGCAACCAUUUCUAGAACGUUUGGUCGGACAAGACUAGUGUUAUAUAUGAUUAGUUUAAUGUUUGCUAUAAAUACCACCGACCACCUACCAAUCAUAACUAACACUUGUCCACCAAAACGAUCAGAUAAGUCAUUGCACUCAAAGCUUGUAUCCAAUCUCCCUACAGUUUCUGAAUUGGGGAAUUGCUCUUGCUCUUUUCACAGUCACGCCAUGCUGUAAGGCUGGGGAAAAUCAAAAUCGUCACUCUUCAUUAGUUAGAGACACUUGUUAAGGCUUGUACAAAAAACUUUUUGUACUUGAAACUUUCAGGGAAAUAAUGUUUCAACUGAAUUAAUUGAGCUUCAAAGAUGCCAUUUUAUUUUGUGUGAAUUUUCUUUGCAUUCUAACCUACCAAUGGUGGCCAGUAUUAAACUUCCUUUAAGUGUCGCCUUUGAAAGGAGCCUUUAGAGAUUGUUAAUAGAGUUUUAUCAUAGGGAGAUGCCUUGAUGAGCCACUAAUUUUGAUUUGUGUUCUUAAAUAGGUUUUCCAUUUCAAAGAGGACGGCGCCACAUGCCUCACAUACCAUCCUUGGGAUACUCCCACUGCGAAACAAUCCAUCUGCAGCAUUUCGUUUUCUAUCCUGACAAACCAAUAGAAGUACAGAUCACAGUCAAUCACAUCGAUACAAGUGAUAUGUCUUAUGUCCACGAUGCCACAGUGUCGUGGGUGGAAGAAGUGAAUUUGGAUAGAUUCACCGCGUGCGUGAUGGCUGCAGGUUUCAACGAGCGAAAGUCAUAUGCUAACAUCACAGUGGAUUGGCUGGCGUAUCAAGGAGCCCCAGUGGGUGGAGUGUCGGGAGAAGUGCGUAUAUCACAAUGGUGGACUGGAACAACUUGUGAGGUUGUGAAGUUUCCAGCGGUUAGUGAUUUCUUUUCUUGUAACCUGGACAAUAUUUUAGCAUUAGUCAUUUUAAACACAUCUACUUUGCGUUUAUAUAAGAUAGACACUAUAGAAAAACGAAAAGCUCAAACUGUUGCUGGUUUUCAGUGUCACGCCAUUCAAAAUAGAUCAAAAUAAAAAUCAAAACUGUUCAGUAGAUAAAGUCCAGAAUCUGGGAAAUGAAAGGAGGUAAAUAUGCAAAGACCCUCGCCAAAUUUCAGGUGAGAGGAAUGUUUCGUCUACGAGAUAUCCGAAGAAACGUUCUACCCAGAUUUAUAGAGAUUUGUAUGGAGAUGCCAUGCUGGUGUUCAUACGGAUGAGCACCAACAUGGCGGACGGAAACCAACAGAAACAUCUGUUACCGCGUUUGGCCACAAAAGCGUGAAUUUAUUCUUCGAGGAACUCAUAAACAUUAAAGUUAUAUUUUUCUAAUACAUCAACUGUUUACAUAAAUAGUAAAAUUCCCUGAAUCAAGUCAUUUUUUAACCUACAUAACAGCUCUCUUGGCCGUCAUGUAAAUGCCGCGUCACGCAAAAGCUUAGAAAUUCAAGCGUGCUCUAUCACAAAACUAAGAACCCUUUUGAAGCAAAAAUUUGUAUGAAAAUUAGUUUUCAACAGCUCUAAUACAUCAUGAAAGUAAAAUCUCGGUGGGAUCGAUAGUUUUGUAGUUUGAAUUUUAGUGACGUCAUUAUGUGAAAACCAACAAUAGACUAAAGAGACUUUAAAGACUAUAGAGCAUUCCCACUCAAGCGGCUAGUAAACGGAAAACAGCUCAGUAAUGUGGAUUGUGCUACCUUAUUAGGCGUAGAAAUUGACAGCAAAUUGUCAUUUAAUGAACAUAUUGAGAAAGUAUGUAAAAAGUUGGCCUCUAGAAUCGCAAUACUGCGUAAGAUUCGAGCCUGUGUACCUCUUAAACAGCGACUUCAGUUUUAUAAUAGCAUUAUUCGCCCUGUUAUGUCUUACGCUAACGUUGUUUGGGCAAAUUGCGAUAAAGAGUCGGUUUAUAGGGUCUUAAGAUUGCAAAAACGUGCGGCACGCGUUAUUUCUUAUGCCGGUCGCAUGACACCAUCAGUUGCUUUGUUUAACAAGCUAGGUUGGAUUCCGUUUUAUGAGCAACACAAGAUAGAUAAAUGCAUAAUAAUGUACAAGCGAAUUAAUGGGUAUUUGCCGAAUUAUCCAAAUGAACACUUAAUUUUGAAUAAUAAGCGGCACUCCCGCAACACUAGAUAUUCAAGCAUUAAUGCUGUUUGUCCUAAAUAUAGAAGAGAAACAGAGGGAGGACGCUCUUUCGCUGUUUCGGCAACAAGACUGUGGAAUAGUACACCAAUUAAAAUUAGGAAACUAGAUUCUGUAGCAUGUUUUAAAAAGAACAUGUUUGCAAAGAUUUUUAAGGAACAACAAUGUUUGCAUCAUUUUAUCAUUUAAUAUAUAUAUAUAUUUUUUAUAUAUAAAAAUCGAAUCUUGUUUUAUUUUAAAUGUUUAUAUAUUUUAGCUUACAAUAUCUAUUAGAUUGUAAAUAGUUGUGUAUUUUAUGAGGGCCACAAGUUUAUUAGCCUUUGGCUAUUAGGUGCUACCCUCUUUAAAUAAAGGCUUUACUUACUUACUUACUUACUUGCUUAGUAUUGAUGCAAAUUUAAUACAACAAGAGAAAGCGUUUACAUAAGAAAAGCUAAGACUACAACUCCCGCAAUUUCAGAGACUCUUGGUGGCGAACGUUUUUCGUUUGACGUCAACGUACACAAGGGCAAUUGCGCUUUAAGCAUCACGAAAAAUAUAAUGAUCCAUUUUUUCUUAAGCAAUAUUUUUUAUAAUUGCUAUUUUCUAUUUAGAUAAAAAAAGAGCUUAUGUGUAGUGAGACUGCGGAGUUGAGACAAGCAUUUUUUUUAACCUCGUUUUCCCCUAAUUAUUAAAAAAAUAACAUGCUACACACAAUAUUCAGUAGUCUCAGGUGGUUCUUAUAAAUUGGGGAUUAAAAUACCCACAUUUCAGUCGAAUGGGGUGUUAAUCAUUAGUGAUUGAUACUCGUUUUGUAUGUAUCUCGGCUUUUUCUUGCUGAUCAUCCAAUUUUAUCCAAAUUUCUACAGGGUAAAUUCUCACAGCAACCAUUCGUUUUUGUUACCGCUGCACAUCAUCAUGCUGGACUGAAGCGGGACGCUGCGAGCGUUUGGUUGGAGGACAUCACACAUUCUUCCUUUAAAAUUUGUUUAAGGGAAUUGGAGAACUACGCAGGAUCUCAUGAAGACAUCUUUGUCGUGAGUGUUGCAUCCGUUGCUGACUAUCUACUGCAAUCUUACGGUCGUAACUUACAUUAAACUGAGCCGAAGCGGUUAAGGGUUGAAAAACAGGCACUAAAUGGGUUGAAAGGGACAGCGCAAGGGCGGAAGCAGUUACUGUUUUCGCUCGCUUGAGAGAUCAUUCUUUUGUGCGCGUACUGCCUUAGAAAAAUUCUAUCAUCAUGAUCGUCAUCGUCACCAUCGUCAUGAUCGUCAUUAUCAUAAUCAUCAGAAGACUGAAAGCUUUUUCAUUUACAUCCAUCUGGUAGUGCGUUUUAACACAGAGAAGGUUUUCCUCUGGUUUCAUAUCAACGCGUUUUUUUCUUGGCUUUGUAAGCUUAAAUUAAGACAUAGAUUCCGUUGAAUGUUUGGCUUGCAAUUCAUUAAUAGUCAAAAUUAUUCACCAUCCUAUAACUUUGCUCCGGGUUAUCGCAACCCCCAUAACAUUUCAGAAAGUCUCUUUACUAUGACUUCUUUGAGUAAUAUACAUAUAUCAAUAUGAAGAGCUAAUAAGAUUUGAAGGGCAUUAUCUAACUGGAAAAUACAAUUUCAUGUUAUUGGUCAGUAUUUAUUCAGAAUAAGUUGAUAUUCGCUGCAGCUUUUAAGCAUAAAAGCCGGGCGUGAACGUGGAGUGGGCAAUUGGCCGCAUUGGUUAUACAGGACAUGAAACAUAUAGCUCCCAGUAAAAGAGUAUCACUUAUUUAAAUAUAUUAGUAAUUAUUCUCUUAUUUUGUUUACUAGAAAUGGCUGGCGUUGUUGUCUUUUCAUUCGCCCUUUUUCUCAGAACACAGUUCAGUUUAUUUUGCGAACACUCAGCACCCACCGGCUGAUCACAAUAACGCCUUUUGCAAGGUCAGUGUUUUUUUUUCUUUCUUUGUUGUUUUCUUUGAGGGUGGUAGCUUUAACCUGUAUUUUUGACGGUUGACGGUAAAAAUAACCCUUUUUUGACGGUUGAAAGUUAAAUUUUAGGGUGUUUGACUGUUGACGGUUAACCCCAUUGAAGCCCUCCUCUUUGACUCCAUUACCUUUUACGGUAUAACGAAAAAGUGUCUUAUGCUAUGGUUGACAGGAUCUCCAAUUCAAAAAGAUGUAUAGGAAGGCUCCAAGUAUAUUUGUAUCUGCAAAUCACACCUCAAAAGGUGGCAAUGUAGACCCUAUGCACAAUUCCAUUACCGCUUGGGUAGAGGUAGGUCAAUCCAAUUCUUUUGAUGUCAUUAAUAAAACCUUUAGUUUACCAUUAAAUCAAUUCAGUUUCUAUUUUUAAAAAGUCAUGCAAAAGUCAGCCGAUUUUUUGGACGAAAAUGGCAAGAAAAAAGGCAAAAAUCACUGAAGGAAUUGAUCUGUGUGAAAGAAAGAAAAUAGAAAAGAAAAGAAAAAGAAAAAAAGAUCACCGCUCAUGGCCCUUACUCGCUAAGUAAUUUGACUUAGCGAAAUAAUUAUUACUUGUAAAUUACAAAGUCACAGUGUCAGUACAAAGAAAUAUGUUUACCAAGCGUUAUGUUUGAAUUUACAAAUGGAGUGUUUUGAAAUGACGUCACGUCCGCCAUAUUGGUCUAGUGUACCAAAACAAUAAAACGGCGGCCAUAUUGGUGUUCCAAAAGUUGGACCUUUUUGUUUUGUAAAAACGUUCUUUUGUUCCGGUAAAUUUGCAUAGCUAUUUUAUUGGUGAUGAAGACUGUGAAAUACGGAGUCGAAAGCUACAAGACUAAAAAUCUGAGAAAUCUGACAAGUUUAACUACCGAGGUCAAGAAUGAGCAAUGUUUACUUUUUCUGGUGGCCAGGUCCUAGCGGCUGAAUUUUGUGACAUUUCCUACAUGACAAAAUCUUGUGUAUUGCUUUGCAGUACAUCAACACGACCGGAGCUCGAGCGUGUUUCAAGGAAUUGUUUGUGUCAAAGUAUGACCCUCUAUCUAUAUCAUACACCAUCAUGUCAGGUUAGUAGUUACAAGCAUUUUUACUUUAACCACUAUCAUAUGAUCACGAUAUCCAUGGCAAUGAACAUGAUCAUGGCCAUCACCAUUAUCACCAUCAUAAACAAGAUUAUCAUCAUAGUUAUCAUCGUCAUCGGCACCGCGGGCCAUGACAGUACCAAAACCGGAUGACAGAGUCGAUCGUCAAACGUUUCAGGGGACUUUAAAAAUAUCAUUGUCAGCAGUAAAGCAAUUGUAUGUUUUAUCCAUCCAAAUAAAGUUGUCUGUUGUCGGAUCCGAAGGUGAGUAAAUCAGCGUAGCAUUUAAUGCAAACCGGGUCUAUCUCCUAGGUUCUUCGCAGGCACAAUUAAGUGUGAAUAAUCCCGCCAAAUGCUUAACCCUUUAAACCCUAAGAUUAGAAUUUGAAAUCUCAUUUGUUGACGUUAUUCAUUUCCUACAGAACUAGAGGGGAGAAAUUGAUAAAAUAUCACGAAAAUUUAUCUUGUGAUCAUGCCCGUAAUUCUCAUGUCCACUCUUUUUUACAAAGCAUUGAUAUUACAAGGAGAAAUUUGAUGCUGAUUACUCUUAGGGCUUAAAGCGUUAAGACCCAGCCAACGGCUUCUCGUUUGUUGAUUACUUAUACUUUCAUUGCUUUUUACAUUAUAGAUAUUUGUCCACCAGAAUGGAAUUACUUUGACGGUUUUUGCUACUUUACAAGUCGCCAAUGCACCUCAUGGCUAAACGCUGAAUCAAACUGCACUGCAAUGGGUGCAAAUUUUGUAACAGUCCAUAAUCAAGAAGAAAACGUCUUCAUCCAGCAUCGCAUUGAUGGAGGGAGAUCCUGGAUUGGGCUUAACGACCGAAGUGUGGAGGGCUCCUUCGUUUGGACGAACAAAGAAGUAAGCAGUUUUAGGUUCUGGGCUGCAGGACAACCAAACAAUUGGAAAAAAGAAAACUGCGUGCACACCCUAGGAGCAAAGCAUGGCUAUACAUGGAAUGAUGUACCGUGUGAUAACUGCAACAACUUCACAUGUUUUAAAGGUAAUAAUACAGUGCAGAUAUUAUAUUGCUACCUUAAUAACAUAUUGAAAGGAGUUUGACAUGAUCUCAACAAAUUUCUUACUUAAACCUUAGCUUCAAUGGAUACCAUUGUAGGCAGAAUAAUUCCGUCCAAAAGUUUUUGGAAUGGGCGUCGCACACUCUGGAAGGGUUUUAUUACUAUAAUUUGAAGCUACAAAAUAUUAUGAGGAUUAAUCGGUUUUCCCACUAAAAAUGGCAUUAACACUAAAAAAGUAAUAAGGCUACAAACGAGCAUGAAAUUUCUGUUACGGUUUCCCAAUCUGUGGUUCAUGAUUCUAUUAAUCGAAACGGCUGCCCGCUUUUCAUGGACGAGUGUACUUCUAAUUACCAUAUCUGUGACAACAAUGCCGUUUGCCAGAACACAGAGGGUUCUUACACCUGCAGUUGUAAGGCAGGAUAUACAGGGGAUGGGAAGAUUUGUAGUGGUGAGUGAUUUGGUGUUUUCUUAAUUGCCUUCUUGUUGAAAGAUGAUGAUAAUGAUGAUGAUGAUGAUGAUGAUGAAAAAAUUGCUAUGAGCACGGCGAAUAUUCAGAUGGCCAAAAGGGAUCCUUGAGAGUGGUGAUUUUUGACCAAAAUAGCGAAUCCGGUCAAAAACUGCCAGCAAUGGCGAGUCAGGUAUAAAAAUCACCGAAGGGUUGACGGAAAUUUAAAUGAGGCUCUCUGACGAAGGCCGUGAUGAUGGUGAUGAUAGCGGUGAUGGUGGUGGAAGUGGAGGUUGUAAUUGCUGUGGCAAUUUUGACGAAAAUGGCGAAUCUGGCAAAAGAUCGCCAAAGGGUUGACGAAAAUUUAAAUGAAACUUCAAGAGUUGCCCCUUGCAUAUCUCUGACGAAGGCGUGAACUUGAUGAUAGCAAUGAUGGUGGAGGAAGUGCGGAGGUUGUGGUUGCUAUGGCGGAGAUAACGAUUAUCAUAUCUUAAGAUUUCCUCAUGUUUUUACCGUAAAGCAAUUUGAUUGAUAACAAUGGCGAUGAGGCUCCUUUCGCGUAGAUGCCAACGGAUAGCAGCCAAUUGUCAUUGGUCAUUUUUAUUUUAUUUUUUACUAUUUUGCUUUCGCCUUUUAAAAGUAUCGAAAUGCAACCGUUCUUUUCAUUCCCUCAGAUAUCGACGAGUGCGCAAGCGGAGUACACGAUUGUCACCGUUUCGCCUCAUGUAGAAAUACCGAUGGGUCUUACAGUUGUUCCUGUAAUCAUCCCUCCACAGGAAAUGGAAAAACAUGCUCGCAUCCUGUGGCACCGGGUAAGUAUCUGGCAUACAUCGCAAGCCUAGAAAUUAUUUCAAAAGUCCCUGAGAGCAAUCUUUCUUCGACGAGCUCGGUAAUUAACAGCUACUAAAAGGAUGCUUUGUGGAGCUCUGGCAUUGAUAUCUCUGCCAAAAAUUGUAACAAUAAUGGUUAUAAUAAUAGUAAUAAAGACAAUGAUAAAAUAAUGAUAAUAACAAUAAGAGCAAUAAUAAUAAUAAUAAUAAUAAUAAUAAUAAUAAUAAUAACGAAUUAAACUUUAUAAGAUGUACAAUUGGAGAAAUUAGGGGGGUGUCCUUAACUGAUCAGAUCUAAUAAAUUUAUUAAUACAUUUGUUACACGACAAUUUAAUCUUAUAUUCUUACGCUCCACUUUUCAGAGUGCCAAAAUUACCAAAGUCUAAACGAAUCCGACAGAAACGUGAAGUACAGCCGUACUUACGGGCUCAAAUGUGACGAAAAAAUAGGCCCCGGCUGGUUCAGAUUUGAAGGGGCAGCAGGGACGAGAAUAGCAACUUCAUGUACGCCCGCUUGGAGAUGUAAUACUGAUGCAACAGGCUGGAUGACUAGUGGUCACCCAACAGUGGCGGAGGGCGUGGUAAGCCGCACAGUCUGUUUCCGAUGGGACUAUUGCUGCUAUUGGAGCACAACCAUAAGAGUUCGAAACUGCGGAAGCUACUACAUCUAUUUCCUUGAUGGCACGGACGGUGUAAAGAACUGUUCAAUGCGCUAUUGCGGUACCGACUGAUCAAAACCAGGAGCCCAUGUCAAAACUGAAAAAAGUGCUUUUACACAUUUAAAAAAAGAGUAAUGCGUUAAAGUGAACUAAAGGACACGUUUGUAACUCUUUUUGUAUGAGGAAAAAAUG